UCUCAACUCUAGACUCUCAUCCCAUCUAUCAGUAAAGAAAGUGAGCAGCUGAGCCCAGGGGAUCAAAGGGAAUCACAUCACUUUCAAGUUUCCAUGGCAGAAAAGGGGACCAUCCUCAACAUCACCAGGAACCUGAAGAACGCCGUCUCUGCCAUCCUUCGCGGAUAUGGGGAUGGGCAGGGACCAGUGACAGACACCAGCGCUGAGCUACACAGACUCUGUGGCUGCCUGGAGCUGCUGCUGCAGUUUGACCAGAAAGAGCAGAGGAGCUUCCUGGGGGCUCGGAAGGACUACUGGGACUUCCUGUCCAUUGCCCUACGACGGCAGCGGGGAUACAUGGAGCAGACCAGAUUUGUAUGUUCACAGGACAAGCUGAAGACCUCUCUAGGAAAAGGCCGUGCCUUUAUCCGACUCUGCCUUGUCCAUGGACAGCUGGCUGAGUCAAUGCAGCUGUGCCUUCUGAACCCAGAACUCACCAGGGAAUGGUAUGGCCCCCAGAGCCCUCUGCUGUACCCUGAACUCCAGGAAGACAUCUUGGACUCUCUCUAUGCCCUCAAUGGAGUUGCUUUCAGCCUGGAUCUGCAGCGGCCAGACCUGGACGAAGCCUGGCCCAUGUUCUCAGAGUCUCACUGCUCCAAUCCAGGCCAGACUGAGGAGAGAAGACCCAGAAAACCCAAAGGCUUCCCAAAGGAGGUGAAAUGCUCCAGAGGAGAAGAGCUGCAGGGACCAGAAGCAAGCAGAACCAGCUGUCUGCAAGAUGCCACCAGAGAAGACCGGCUAUGUGACCUCCUCACCCCCUUGCAGCAUGGCUGUCUUUCCACCUUUCUGGAAGAGAAGAGAGAGGAUUCCAGGAGCCCCGGUUGUUCCUGGAGCAUUCCGGAAACAGAAAGGGAGGGAUUUCUGCUAGACCAGAAAGAGGGAGACCCAAAGACAGGGAAGUUCCUGGAAAAUCCAACAGCCAGCAUCCAGCAACAGAGGGACAGGGCUAAGGAGGCUCAAGAGGAGGUGACAGGGACAAAAGAUGAAGGCAAAGGAAGUCCACCAAGGACAAAAGGUCAGGGAACAACAGAAGGGAUCCAGGAAAGGGACCAUGACCAGGGGCUGCUGCUGGCCCCCAGCCUUCAGGGAAGAGGAGAGGAUGCAGAGUUAGGGACCAGGCAGGGGUGGGAUCAGCCUAGCGUUCUGGGCCAGCCCUGGAUCCUGCAAGGCCUAGGGACAAAGAAUGGCUCAACCACAGAGAAGCCACAAGAGUGGCCAGGAGUGGCCAAUGUGAGCACACAGGAGCAUCAAGCAGCAGUGGCCUCGCAGCAGGAGGUGAUCAAGGACCCCAGGUAUGGGCUCCAGCUGGCAGAGGACCAGGCCCAGUGCCAGGAUCAGCUGCUGAAGGCACAGAAAGGAGAGCUCCAGGCACUCCGGGAGCAGCUCAGCAGGUGUCAGGCAGAAAAGGCCCGGUUGCAAGUGAUGCUGGGACAGAAGCAGCAAGAGGCUGAGAGAAGAAACGCCAUGUAUGAGAAGGAGCUUGAAGGGCAGAGGGACCUGGUCCAGGCCAUGAAAAGGAGGGUGCUGGAACUGAUUCAUGAGAAAGACCACCAAUGGCAGAGGCUCCAGCAGCUGUCUACCGUGGCCCCUGGACACUGCGUGGGCUGCAACAAGGUCUUCAGGCGCCUGUCGCGGCGGUAUCCUUGCAGGCUCUGCGGAGGCCUGGUUUGCCAUGCCUGCUCUGUAGACUACAAGAAGAGAGAGCGCUGUUGCCCAGCCUGUGCCCAGCGGGAAGAAAUCCAGAGUACCCGACCAAGAUAGCAGCCACCACCCCCACCAGUUCACUCCCUCCAUUCUCUCCCCAAACCUGACAUCUGUUCUGACCGCUUUUUGCUUCUGGAAACUGGUG